AUGUCCUUCCAAAUCGAAAUCGACAACCAUCACUACAGCAACAUCUACUACCCCGGCGACACCAUCACCGGCGUCCUCCACCUCCAAGGCCCCCUUAACGACCCCACCAUUUCUAUCACAGCAUCGCUCAUUGGCAAAAGCUCAACAUUCAUCACCCUUGCAAGAUCCGUCUUUUCCGAAGAUACAAAACUCUUCGAAGAAACUUCUACCUUGUUCGAAGGACCAUGUUACCUCGAAUCCGGCGCAGAGACAGCGUUCGGGUUCUCGUUCCAAUUCCCGGAGAAAACAGAUAAGAUCAAUCGUUCUGGAUACGUAGACUGGACCCAGGAUGGUCAUGUAUUGCCGCCGAGUGUUGACUCUGCUGGAUCAGGCGAGGGGCCUGUUUUUGUUCGUGGGUCAUGCGCAGGGAAGAUCUCUUAUGAACUUCAUGCCAGGUUGAAGAAGGGUAAAAGGUUUUCCUGCAACGUGAGAAGGAAAAUUGAACUCACUGUACGAAGACCUGAUGAGAUAGCUGCAUCGCGAGACGAUCUGGCAGCCAUCGAGAUUCCGCUACGUAGACCGAAGCCAAGGUCUGGGGAUCAACGUCGACCAUUGUUUAUAUGGCUAGACGAUUUGAUUGGGUUUAAUGGGUUACCAUCCGGGAUGUCGUUACGGCUCCAUACACCUUCCGUAUUGAAGCUCGACACUGCGGUCCACAUGGGGCUUGAGCUCAUCCACUCGGACAAGUCAAGUAACCCUCUACUCUCACAGGUCCGCAUACUGGGCGUAGAACAUAAGAUCGUGUGCAAGACUUGGGCACGAGCUUACGAAUACCAAGACAGUCACACCGAAACAAGGACUUUUGGGUAUAAGAAAAUGGGACGUACUUUGCAUCUCGACGAGACAAUUGACCUUACAGAGGAUUUGGAUGUUGUGCUUGAUGGAAACGUGUAUACGCCGCACUUUGAAUCAUACAACAUAACGAGGAGAUACUCGACAAAGACAAUAGUGAAGGUCGAUUUUGGGGGCAGGAAACACAAGAUAACGUUUGAGCUACCGAUGCUUAAUGUCCUGCCUUCGGAAAAGCAAUGUUAUAUCGCCUUAGAGAAGGAGAAGAGUGUAUAUAUAGAAUCGUCUAAACAAUCCUGUAUCCUGUUCGAUUGCUGCGUCCUCGGUUGA